UGACCGGAAAGCGUCGUCUUUACAGGUCAACUGAAGCAGGUUUGGAAGCGUUCGCGGUGCCUAGUGGCUGUACUGGUCCUCUCAGUUUCUUCUGGUCCCGCUGACCGUGGUCUCCAUGGCGACCCCACCCAAAAGGAGCCGGGCCGAGCGCAUCAAGAAGAUCGCCAUCGAAGGGAAUAUAGCUGCAGGCAAGUCUACCUUUGUGAAUAUUCUCAAACAAACCAAAGAAGAGUGGGAAGUCGUUCCGGAGCCCGUCGCGAAAUGGUGCAAUGUUCAGGCUUGCCAAGAGGACUGUGAGGAGCUGACAACCUCUCAAAAGAGUGGUGGCAACUUACUCCAGAUGAUGUAUGAAAAGCCAGAGAGGUGGUCCUUCACCUUCCAGACUUAUGCCUGUCUGAGCAGGAUCCGGGCGCAACUGAAAUCUCUUGACGGGAAGCUCAAAGCCGCAGAGAACCCCGUAGUUUUCUUCGAGAGAUCCGUUUAUAGUGACAGGUACAUCUUUGCGUCCAACCUGUAUGAGUCUGACUGUAUGAAUGAAACCGAAUGGACUAUAUACCAAGACUGGCAUAACUGGAUGCAUGAGCAGUUUGGAUCUGGUCUUCAGCUGGAUGGCAUUAUUUAUCUCCGAGCGACCCCCGAGAACUGCUUGAAUAGGAUUUAUGUGCGGGGAAGAGAUGAAGAACAAGGCAUUCCUAUGGAAUAUCUGGAAAAGCUUCACUACAAACACGAAAGUUGGCUUCAGCACAAGACGUUGCGAAUGGAUUUUGACUAUCUGCAAGAGGUACCGAUCCUGUCACUAGACGUAAACGAAGACUUCAAAGGCAAUAAAGACAAGCAUGAAAAUAUGAUAGAAAAGGUCAAAGAAUUUUUGAGUACUUUAUAGCUCUUCUACAUAUCAAGCCAAACCCAAGACUUCCCCUUCCUCCAAGGCGCCUAGUUUUGUAUUGUCGAGCUCCGCUUCUGCUUCAGAUGUCCAAGGUCAAGGUUCAGCUUUAUUGAAGUUACUGAAUUCGACGGUGAACUGUUAUUUUAUCAUAUUUAUCUUGCAUUCAGAUUUCUUAAGCAUAAUGUUUGUGGAGAACGGUUAGGGUGUUAUAGCAUGACAAAGCAGAGUCCUUGGGUUCCUUUCUCGCGGCACUGAAAUCGCUCGGUGAAAAGCCACUGGUUUUCUCAGAGCGGGUCUUGCGAAACAUGGGGUGGAAUCUGGGGCCCCUUCUGACCACUGGAGGCGGGAGCUGCCGUUUGCCCCGCCCACACGAUGGAUCACGCGCACACUCGAUAACGUGGAAGUACUCGGCACACCGCUGUGUUGUUUGUGUGUGUUUCUGCUCCCACACACGCAUGUGAAGUCAAAGCCUGUACUACUUCUAGAACUUAUACAAGGGCAAUGAAUUUAUGAAAUGCCAUGUGCAAGUUAGCAAAAAACCCAUGCAUUCCGGGAUGAGUCUUUAACCAAACACUGUCAGUUUUUUUUAAAAAAAAAAUAUUAUUGUAAAGCUAAGAUUUUAUGUGAUUUUGCUUCUGCUUGCUUCUGUAAAAACACCUAGAAGUUCAUCAGCAUUCGCCUUAUUUACUUUUUGUUCUGCAGAACGAUGAGGAAUCGCGUUCUAUUUCUCACUGAACUUGACUUAAUUCUGCAUUCUGCUAUCUUUUUUUUGUUUUGUUGCUAAAGUCGGGGCUCUGUGCAGAAAACUGCAGGGGCGAGAACAGAUCACGAAGAAUUCUCAUUGCAUUUUUAUCCUUCCCUGUUUUAAACAUUUUUGCAUGAGCACUUAGCAACUCCUUUUCUUUGAUGGAAACCACUGAGUCGUCCCAGAUAACUUGCUUGCUAAUGCAAGGUCAUGCUUUCAUUUGGUGCGAACUCUGAGACUGGCCCAGACGGGACUCUGCUGCAGCCAAAAUCAGCCAUGAAAAGGUUAAACCGUGCUUGCGUGGUGAUUGGGGGCACAGCUGGCCCGGGAAACAACGAUGAAAGCAAACCACUAAUUGCUUCACCUAUUCUGAUGUUCAUGUCGCCAAAUUGUCCUAGUAAACCUAGAGUUGAUCUGAAGUUUUUUAACAGAUGCAUAUUUUUUAACCCUUUCCUCUUGGGGUGCUUGUUUGAUCAGAAGGGAGAACAGCUAGGAUGUUUUUUGUACAGAUGCCUCACUUUCUACUUGCAGAAUGUCGUUCGUUUGUAAACUAAUUCUACAGCCGCCGAGUGCCGUAGAAUGGAGUAAUGAUGAUUUAAAUCUGCACUUUUCUUUCUUUACAUCUGAGAUGUUUCAAAUUACAGAGCAGACUCGUAUCCCUCUUUAAGUGAGUAUAUACUGCAUCAUCUUAUUUGUCCAGAUGUACUUGGGUUUGGCCAACCCAGGGAGGUGUUUCUAUUCUGGAGCCAGAAGGAACUUUGAAGCUGCCCAGGGGGGAGCUGAAGUUCAAAUCUGGGUCCAGAUGAGACCGCUUUAGCAUCCGAGCGUUCUUCACUGUUAGCACUGACUUGUCAAAGCGUGUGUGAUCAUGUUUGAACCUGAAAUAAAUAUAGGAGUAUCCUUUU